GAGGCUGAUAAGGUUCCUCCCGUUAAAGGGUUAAACGAGUUUCUCCAGCGGAGGAGCGCUUUUCCUGAGGGUAGUUGUUGUGGCGCAGAAGCCUGUGGACGGCGCGCUGCUGCAGCGCAACUUGUGCAGUCGGAGAAGCGAUAAGGGAGCAGCGGCGUAAACAAUGGGCGAGUGGGGAGAGCGCGCCGCGGCGGAUUGGGACGGAGCCUGUGCGUGAACGCGCUGCGGCGUCCACAAACCUGUCUCCAUGGACGGGCGUCUCGCGCAUGGCGACAUGGAGAACGCGACGGAAAACCCCAGCAAGGCGGCCGAGUACCUGAAGGAGCUCAACAACAUUAUCGAGACCCAGCAGGAGUUGCUGGAGAAGCAGAAAGGUCGCAUUGAGGAACUCGAGCACCAAGUGAACGAGCUGUGCGAGGAAAACGCAUGUCUGAAAGAGCAACACCAGCGGCACCUGGCUACCUGCAGACUGCAGCAACUCAGCUCCAUUAAGGAACAUGUCAUGCAAGAAAAGACUGAGAGUGAAGCCUUGCGUGUCUCAAAUGUCAGACGACACACUUCUUUGCCCCCUGAAGUCACAGAUAACCAAGGCACCUUCAUAACUCCUCUCUGUCGAAGAAGUUACCCCUGUCGCAAAUGGAAGUCAGCAUCUUUUGGUGUGGAGGGUGAUGGUGCUGGCUGUGAGGCAGGUGCGUCUCUGGAAAGCGGAUACUCUCGUGGGCCAGUGACGCGCAGCUCCAUCAUCAGCACUGAGCACUUUGAGGCACCGUCCCUUUAUGCACACGAGGUCCGGCAGCGCCCACGUCGCUCCAAACUCCAGCACUCGCAAUCUAUUCUUCGCAAACAAGCUGAGGAGGAGGCCAUCAAACGCUCACGUUCACUCUCUGAGAGCUAUGAACUCUCCACUGAUCUCCAGGACAAACAGGUGGAGAUGCUGGAGCGGAAGUACGGGGGACGUUUCAUAACUCGACAUGCUGCCCGGACCAUCCAGACAGCUUUCCGUCAGUAUCAGAUGAACAAGAAUUUUGAGCGCCUCAGGAGUUCUAUGUCUGAAAACCGCAUGUCCAGGCGCAUUGUCCUUUCCAAUAUGAGGAUGCAAUUUUCCUUCGAAGGUCCUGAAAAAGUCCACAGCUCCUACUUUGAGGGCAAGCAGCUCUCCUUGAGUGAUGACAGCACUAAGCUGGCACAUUCAGAGCGUGGUGACAUAGUACCUGUCAACGUUAAGUCACAGGCAGGACAAAGCGACUUCACAGACGCCAUCACCGAACUGGAAGAUGCCUUCUCCAGGCAGGUAAAGUCACUGGCUGAGUCAAUUGAUGAUGCGUUAAAUUGUCGCAGCUUACAUGGGGAUGAAGGGCAAGAUGAAGUACAACGGGGUCAUGGUGACCUGGAUCGAGACAUCACGUAUCAGGUCAAACCAUCACACAGCGGAGAACGACGCAAGCUUGAUGAGAUGACCGCAUCCUACAGCGACGUGACCCUUUACAUUGAUGAGGAGGAACUGUCUCCUCCCUUGCCUCUUUCACAGACUGUAGGGGACAGAGUGUCCAUGGAUCCAGAACUGCAACUGCGUGCACUAAACUCCUCGCAGGACUAUUGGGUACACAAGGAAGACAAGUGCGACACUGACACUAGCUGUCGCAGCACACCAUCUCUGGAGUGCCAAGAGCAAAGGCUUCGGAUGGACCACCUCCCUCUGCUCACCAUUGAACCCCCCAGCGACAGUUCAGUGGAGCUGAGUGAUCGCUCUGAGCGUAGUUCAAUAAAACGGCAGAAUGCUUAUGAACGAGGUGGACCUAGCCAGCAGGGUAGCCCCAAGCGCCAUCCCUCACAUCCCUCCCAUUCUUCCAUCCCCCGAAGAGAUGAUGAUGUCCCCCGGCAUCGACCACGGCAGCUAGAGAGCCACCUGGCCAUCAAUGGCACAUCCAACAGGCAGAGCAAAUCAGAGUCUGACUUCUCAGAUGGUGACAAUGACAGUGUAAACAGCACAUCCAACUCAAAUGACACAAUCAACUGCAGUUCAGAAUCAUCAUCACGGGACAGCCUGCGUGAGCAAACACUCAGCAAACAGACAUACCACAAGGAGACUCGUAACAGCUGGGACUCACCAGCCUUCAGCAACGAUGUCAUCCGCAAGCGCCAUUACCGCAUUGGCCUCAACCUCUUCAACAAAAAGCCAGAAAAAGGUAUCCAGUAUCUGAUCGAGCGAGGGUUUGUUCCAGACACCCCAGUGGGUGUGGCUCACUUCUUGUUACAGAGGAAGGGGUUGAGUCGGCAGAUGAUCGGAGAGUUCCUGGGCAACAGACAGAAGCAGUUCAACCGAGAUGUCCUGGACUGUGUGGUGGAUGAGAUGGACUUCUCCAGCAUGGAGCUGGAUGAAGCCUUGAGAAAGUUUCAAGCUCACAUCCGAGUACAGGGCGAAGCACAGAAAGUGGAACGGCUUAUCGAAGCUUACAGUCAGCGCUACUGCAUCUGCAAUCCCGGUGUAGUGCGGCAAUUUCACAACCCGGACACAAUCUUCAUCCUGGCAUUUGCUAUCAUCCUCCUCAACACGGACAUGUACAGCCCUAACGUAAAGCCAGAGAGGAAGAUGAAGCUGGAGGACUUUGUGAAGAAUCUACGAGGGGUUGAUGAUGGAGAAGACAUCCCUCGUGAGAUGCUGAUUGGUAUUUAUGAGCGGAUCAGGAAACGGGAACUCAAAACAAAUGAAGACCAUGUGUCCCAAGUGCAAAAAGUGGAGAAACUCAUCGUUGGGAAGAAGCCAAUUGGCUCACUCCACCAUGGCCUUGGAUGUGUGUUGUCUUUACCACAUCGCAGGCUAGUGUGUUACUGCAGGCUGUUUGAGGUCCCAGAUCCCAACAAGCCGCAGAAACUCGGCCUCCACCAGAGAGAGAUCUUUCUCUUCAACGAUCUUCUGGUGGUAACCAAGAUUUUCCAGAAGAAGAAGAACUCAGUGACAUACAGCUUCAGGCAGUCCUUCUCUCUAUACGGCAUGCAGGUGCUUCUCUUCGAGAACCAGUUUUAUCCCAAUGGCGUGCGGCUCACAUCAGCCAUCCCUGGUGCUGAUAUCAAAGUCCUGAUCAACUUCAAUGCACCCAACCCACAAGACCGAAAGAAGUUUACAGACGACCUGCGGGAGUCCAUCGCCGAGGUGCAGGAGAUGGAGAAAUACAGAAUCGAGUCUGAGCUAGAAAAGCAGAAAGGUGUAGUGCGACCUAGCAUCUCGCAGAGCUCUGGUCUGAAAAAGGAGACAGGCAACGGCAACCUGAGCCGAGCCAGCCUGGAUGACAGCUACGCCAUGGGGGAGGGGCUGAAGAGAAGUGCCCUCAGCAGCUCCUUACGCGACCUUUCCGAUGCAGGCAAGCGAGGUCGCCGCAGCAGUGCAGGAUCUCUAGACAGCAAUAUGGACGGCUCAAUCAUUAGCAGCCCUCACAUGAGGCGUCGUGCUGCCUCCAGUCGUGACUGCCCCUCACGCCAGCACUCAAUGCCCAGCUCAUCCUCACUGCUUGGCUCAUUGUUCGGCACCAAGCGGGGUGCCAAGUCCCCCUCUCUGCCCCCACAGCCUCCUCAUCCAUCCCACCCCACCCUGAUCUCUCACACGCCACAUCCGUCCAAUCUGCACCACACAGCUCGCGAGGGCACAAGCCUAAGCGACACACAUCCAUCACACCACACUCAGUACUGUCACGUUCAGCAGAACCCACCUCCAUAUCACCACCACCACCACUACCACCCACCCGCCCACAUCCAGUACCACCCCUCUUCCACAGCUGCCUCUUCCUCUCAUGGCCAUCCACAUGCGCCACACCCCCACGGGCCACACGCUCAGCACCCACCCCACCCUUCCCACCUGCAGCACCACCACAGCCAGGCUCCACCCCCGGCAGCUGGCCCGGGCAGCACAAAGCCCAAACACAGUGGCAUCAGCACUGUGGUGUGAAGGACUGACACUGGGACUGACUUUCCAGAGGCACCUUGGCAGAUUUGCUCUAUAGCUGGCAUGUGAAUGACUGUGGCCCAGGAACCAACUGGGGAAUGAAAACAAAAAAGGCAUUGUGACUCAUUUCAUUUAGAGCCCCUUUCCUCUGGGAAGAGAAAGGGGACGCACACUGUGUAGCACUGGCUUUCUCUUCCAGGCUUUCAGAGGGCUACUAGACCCUGUGGGGUUUCCCACCUCCAUUUCCACAUUUCCUUCGCAUCACCAUUCACCUGUUCACGCCCAAGCAAACGCUGCUUCUUCUCAUUAGGAUUGAUUUAUGAUUUUUUUCCCUUUAAACUUCACACCUGGACGUCUGUCCGGCUUUCAUGCAACGACAAUGCCAAGCAUGCAAAAAGACCAUAGCUACUGUUUUAUCUUGUAAUUAAUUGCUUAUGGAGCACUAUAAAAUACCCUGCUUGCUAAUUAGCAGAAACAAACAAUCUCAGUAGAAUGAUAAUACCUAGAAAUGGAGAGUUUAAAUACAAUGGUCAACAGUCUAGCCAUGAAUAAAGUCACUCACAAAGAUGUACGUGUUCCAGUAUUUAAUGUAGCUGUAGACCACAGUUCUCUGUGAAAUAGUUAGCAGUCUUUAAUGUGCCAAUUAUUCAAAAGCAGUUACUGAGUUAGUAAGAAACGCUUUGUGUAUGUCGUGCAUAUACUAUUUUGUAAAAUAAUCAAUCAAUAUUACUGUUGCAGAACAAAAUGCGUCUGGGGCGUGAGAUAAAAUAACCUCAGUAUUAUACUCUUGAAGUAGAAGAUCUAGUUUCACUGUUAUAAAACUCAGUCCAAUACUUUUGAUUAGGCGAGCGAGGGCUUGACCUGAAACUCUUCUGGUUGCCUUUGAAGCAAAUCUCUGGAAGAUUCCUAAACAAACACAAAGAGGAUCUUCUGUUCCGGCAGAACUGUGUUUACUGCACUCAUCUGCUCAUCACUGAACAAUCAGGAGGCAGAAGAGCAGGAGGAAGGAGCUAGCUAAUGCAGGAAUCCUCCUUAGGCCUCGACUCAUCAGUCUUGGCCACUUAGUGCACCAUGGUUUUAUUUUUUUAACUAUUUUUUUAGGGAUGAAUAAAAUGAUAUGAAGUAACUGUACAUUUAAAGAUAAAAGUGAUCAAGCAGAUUUGACUGAUGGGGUAUUUGGGGGGUUAAAAAACUUACAUGCAGGAUUUAGACUGUUGUUUUUGACUUUAAGGAGGGAGACUACAUUUCAGAGAUGACUAAUUUCUUUCCCCAUAUUUCGAGAGAGUUCUCGUGGGUUCUUGCUGUGCUAUUUGUGUUCUCAGCGGGCUGAGUGAGUGUGUGCCCCUUCAUCCUGUGUGCUGCUGUUUGUGGUUCUGCAUGCAGCGUAAAUUGAUACAGGCUUUCUGCAAUUCUGCUUUUGGUUUUCUUUCUUUCUUUCUUUCUUUCUUUCUUUCUUUCUUUCUUUCUUUCUUUCUUACUUUCUUACUUUCUUACUUUUUUAAUGAAUGCCUUUCACUUUCUCACAAUUCCAGCUAAGUAUUGUAUGAAGGUAGUAUAUACCACAAGUUGAGAUGUGUAUCACAGAAGCUUGAGAAAUGAGGAUUGAAUCAUAUUUUUCCAGACAGGUCAAUAUUUGUUACUUACUUAAUGCUUAAUAUGCUGUGUACGGAAAGGCGUUGAAUCUGAUGAACAUGAUCUUAGCUCAGAUUAGAAAGAUCUAAAUCACGUGUCUCAUAUUUGUAGUAUUCACUAAUGUACAGCAACUGUGAUAGAAGUUUGUUCUAUCUGUGAGGAGUAUCAGCAGAAGAGUUUUGCUUAGCAAGUGUUGUCUUUUUCUGUUUGUCUCAUUCUUUUUGUUUGUUUGUCUGGGUUUUUUUUUUUUGUACUAAUCACAUGUGCAAUAUGUAUGUUUAAGUUUUGUAAAUGAACAUUUGCAAUCUAGUGACAGACUUUUUUUUCCCCCUUUAAGCUUGUCUAUGUCUUUAAUUCUGCAUUGCUGCUCUCCCUCCUUUCUCUGUUCUAGUGACUUGCAGUGAGGAAUGUCAACUGAAGUACUCUUGCAUGUAACAUUAUACUGUAAGGAUAUUCUCUAAAUAUUGUAUAUUCCCAGAAAUAUCAGUGUUACCUUUGACUGUUGUUGAAAUUUAAGUGACAUUAAAAGUAUGUAAACUUCUCUUCAUGCGACUGUGUUCCUAUGGAAGUCAUUUUGUCAUAUUUUGUACCAGAAUAUAUUCAGCUAUAGACUAAAUGAAUAGAACGAGCUUAUAUUCCAGCUAUAAAGUACACACUGUGUAUGGAGGCUUUAAAAGCAGAUCAAGCCCCUCGGCUGCUAUGAAGAGGUUCUAUAAUCCUACUACAAAUUAAAUCUUAAUUAUAUGCUGUAGGAUCAUUGAUGGAGGUUAUCAACGUGAGAAGUGAUUAAAAGCAAAUCACUGUCUAUUAUUAUUAUUAUUAUUAUUAUUAUUAUUAUUAUUAUUCCUUGAAUGCUGCUCUUAGAUCCAGGUUCAGGUUUGUAGAGAAACAAUAAAAUCUCAGAUGGACAUUUUCCAUUUUUGCAUAGAUAAUAUUUAUCAAGCCAUGCCACAGGAAAUAAUUUUAAGAAUUAGUGCAUUUUGAAAUACGUUGAUUUCUGGGACAAAGUAAGAAAAAAAAAUACUUGUAAAAAAUUUUGUUUGUUUUUCUCAAACCUUUUGUUUGCAUUGGGUUUUUUGUUUUGUUUGUUGGUUGGUUGGUUGGAGUUUUUCUGUUUGUUUGUUUUACUUGAAUGCAGCAGAUAGCAAGUGUAAUGCUUUAAUCGUGUGCAGUACAGGACCUUUAGUCUAAAACUCAUAUUCCCUUGUGUUGUGUUUAUAAUUAUUAUUUUUUUUCUUCUUUGCUUGCUUUUACAUUUUACACGAAUGUGCUGCACAAUAGCAUGUAUUCUGGUUUUACAUCAUUGCACUUGUGUACGUGUGUGUGAGACAAAGAUUGUCACUGUAUUUAUGACAAACAUAGGGAAAUGGAAUAAAGGAUUAUGGAUAUUUCUAAAAUUGAAUUGAAAAAGGAAAGGUUAGAGCUAUAUGGCUAAUGUGUGUAUACAGUCAGUAUAUUAUUAGGAUUUAAUUUGUCAGCCAUCAGUUUCAUGGGUACAUUCUUUAAAGCAAGUUAUUAACCCACUUAUACUACCAAAUGUAUUCGAUUUGGAAUUGGAUCCUCUGUAGGUCUGCUGGCUGUUACCUGAAUUUCUUAUAUUUAGUGUGACACACACUGCAUUCCAUCACACACAUAUACAGUGUAGCUCAUUUUCUAGACCUAGUUACAGAUCAAGACAGGAGAAUAUUCAUGUUGAUAUGUAUUCUGUUUCUAAGUAGAUUAUGAGACCUUAUAGAUGUAAAUCUAUAACUGUGACCAUGUGAUUAUCACAAAAUAAAAAUAUACUGUCAGAUUCA